AUGCCUUCUCAAGACGACUCCCCUCCGAAGUGCCAGCUGUGCGAAGUCUGCUCCACCAUCGACUUCAAGAGCAUCGCCCACCCAACACGCCUCUGCACCAAAACACGUGACAAAGAGCCCUCCGCAUCCCGAAUCCCGCUGGGCACCGCUUCCGACAUCUGCGAGCGCAGCGACCGUUGUGCGUUCUGCAACCUCGUCUGGCGACGGCUGCGGAGCUCUUAUGGCUCGGACGCGAACCUCGACGGCCGAUGCGAUCUCUACAACAAGGACCUGUGCAUCUCAGCCUUCCCCGGACGCGGUGACGGCGACAUCCCAGAUCUCCAGAACCUGCAGCAGGGUCUUCACGCUCAUAUAGGGAUGGCUACUGUCCAGUUCUCUCCUGAGGAGUAUUUCAUCGGACCAGUCCUGCCAUGGCAGAGGAGUGGCUUUUCAGAACAGGGCGUCCGCCAGAUCAUGCACCUGCAGGUAGCUCCCAGAACGCCCAAUCAGAGCACCCAGCCGGAUGAGAGUGGCGCAGAAGAGAGUUCGGUGGAAGAUAUACUGAAGUCUGUGCGGGUGCGGAGGGCUGCUCCUGAAGUGGACCACUCGCCACGAGCACGCUAG